AUGCUUGGGGACCGCACACCGGCGUUUGAACUCGCAGAAGGGGCUCGGGUCGUGGGCAUUGAGUUCCCGGCCAAGUACGAGGGAGAGUGGGCCAUGGGCUGGCACGACGGCGAGUACAAGAGCGUGCCCGUCGACGUGCUGAGGCUCGAGGUGCCGGGGCGGGGGCAGGUGAGGAUGGGAGCGGCGAGCGGUGUCGAGGCCGUGGCGAAGUGGCGGUUUGCGCCGAAGGGCAAAGACGCUGACUGGCUGCGUUUCGACAAGGGCGAGGUCAUUACCAACAUUACCUGGUCCUCCGAAGAGCACUGGUGCUGGUCUGGCAAGAACAACAAGGGCCAGUGGGGGUUGUUCCCGCAGAUUUUUGUCGAUUCGAACACGGUGCGGGAGCUCGGGCAGUCUGAACGGGCUGGAGACCGAAGGGGCUCGGCCGGGAUGCUCGCGAGGCUGGCGAUAAGAAAGGGAUCGCUUCGGCCGUCAAGCUUCACGGGACCGUCACGGGGACUGUACUAG